AUGCUGAUGGCUGUUCGUUUCUCUGAUGUCGUCCAACAUGAGAGAGAGACAGUGUGCUACCUGGAUGAUGGUGCGGGUUUGACUGCGGAGAGAGAUGAACGAAUUGGAAUUAGGACGACAGAACUUGUUCCCGGGGACGGAAAAGGGAUGUACGUAGAUAUGCGAUGGAACGAGUGA